AUGCUUAAAACCAUGGCGUUUGUGCAAUCACUGUCAAAGACUGUCUCUGUUAUUGUUUUCGGUUUUGUGUUAUUGAAUUGCUUUGUUGUUGACAAAUUUGGAUCUCAUGCUCAAGUAGUCACUCCACUCUUGCCACAAGAUGAAGUGCAAAUUCUUGAAACAAUAUCCAACAAAUUGAACAUCAAGAAUUGGAGCAUUGAUCGAACUUCUUGCGGUGGUGCACAGUGGAACCAGACCAUCGACAGCGACAAAAUUCAAAGCAAUGUUACAUGCGACUGUAGAUUUGAUAAUGGCACCGUCUGUCAUGUCACUAACUUCGGAAUUUCGAAAUCUUACUCAACUGCGCGAAAUGCCUUAGCAGAAUUUUGUUGCAGCACCAAUGUGGUUGUAGAAGAUUACCAAUCCUUUUACUCUAAGAAUUUGAAUUUUAGAAUGACUGAGAUGAAGCAUCUUUCAUUGUACAGUGAUCUUACUCGCAACUAUAUAAAUGGAUCAAUCCCUGCAAGUCUUGCUCAGCUCCCCAACCUUCAGAGUUUGUCUCUUCUGGCAAACCGUCUCACUGGUUCGAUUCCUCGGGAAAUUGGCAGCAUUGCGACACUUGAGUCACUGGUCCUGGAAGAUAACCUGCUAGGAGGGUCUCUUCAUCCAGACCUUGGAAAUUUGAGAAGCUUGAAAAGACUUCUUCUUUCGGCAAACAAUUUUACAGGAAGAAUACCCGAUACAUUUGGAAAUUUAAAGAAUUUAACUGAUUUUCGGAUAGAUGGAAGUGAACUGUCAGGAAAGAUUCCUGACUUUAUUGGGAACUGGACAAACAUUGAGAGAUUGGAUUUGCAAGGAACAUCCAUGGAGGGUCCUAUUCCCCCUACCAUUUCACUGCUAAAAAAUUUAACAAAUUUGAGAAUAUCGGAUUUGAAGGGAUCGAGUCCAACUUUCCCUAAUCUACAAGCUAUGACAAACAUGAAAACACUGAUUCUGAGAAAUUGCUCAAUGACUGCUUCAAUCCCAGAAUACAUUGGAAAUAUGGCAGAGCUAGAUACUCUAGAUUUGAGCUUCAACAAGUUGACAGGCCAAAUUCCUGACCCAUUAGAGAGCUUGACAAAGCUACGGUUCAUGUUUCUGAAUGACAACUUACUAACUGGAGAAGUGCCUGGUUGGAUAUUGAACAGCAGGAACGAAUUGGAUUUAUCUUACAACAAUUUUACUGGGUCAGCUCAACCAAGUUGUCAACAGCUACCAGUGAACUUAGUUUCUAGUCAUGUAUCAACUGGGAAAAACAAGUAA